AUGCCGUCAUCAAGGUAUCGGACGUUCCUGUCCGUGCGACCUCCACCAUCAAGCUGCUUGGGGUCACGUUUGUUUGACAGGCUGCUCCAUUUUGGAGAGCACUGCAACAACCUCAAGAGGAAGGCUCGCCCUCGCACCACCCAGCUGCGCAAGCUCACAGGACACUCCUGGGGACUUCAGGAGCACCACCUACGCGCGGUGGCCAACGGCUACGUCCGCGGCGCCAUCGAAUAUGCGGCGGCCGCGUGGCUCCCCGCAGCAUCCCGCUCCCACCUGGAGCUUGUGGACCGGGAGCUGCGCGCAGCGGCCCGCGCCGUGACGGGGUGCCCCAGGUCAGCGCCGACCCACGCUCUCAUGGCGGAGGCCGGCCUGCCCACCGCGGAAAUGCGACGCGCCACCCUCGCGACGAGGUUGCUGGCGCGCGCAUCCGCACUACCCGCCGGAGAUCCGCUCCGGGAGCUCGCCGAAGCCUCACGUCCCUGCCGACUCCGCAACAUCACAGGAUGGCGCGACGAGGGCAGACGGACGCUGGACGCCCUGGGCGUCACCGCCUCCCAGGUGGAACCCAUGGUCGUUGCACAGCUCCCUCCGUGGACCUCAAGUGAGGGGAUCACGAUUUCCUGUGCCGUUCCGCCCGACUGCGUCCGUAGCGCCGGCGACCAGGCUCGCCGCGCGGCAGCGGAGGCCAUGCUGGCCGACCUCCCCGGAGCAGAGCGGGCGACGUGGGUGUGGUCUGACGGCUUGGCGGAGGGAGGCACCGUGCGAGGAGGGGGCGGCGCCCUGAUCGUCCUCCCCGCCGGAGCCGAGUGGACGGUCAAGACCCCCGCCGGCGCCCUAUGCUCCAGCACCAGAGCUGAGCUGGUGGCCCUCCGUGCUGCCCUGGAGGAGAUUGCCGAAUCAGACCUCACACCGGACCAGGACACUCACCCGGACACCAUCAUCGUCUGCCUCGACUCCAGGGCGGCACAACAGACAGUGGAUGCGGGACCGGCGGCGCAGACGAGCCAGCUAGGCGACGCUAUCUGGCGGCUCCUAAUGCAGCUGGCCAACCGCGGUCGCCGUCUCCACCUCCAUAAGAAAAACAAGGUGUACCCGUAG